AUGUCAGCUUGUACCAAAAAUUCCGAAAGUGAGCUUGGCUCUGUCCCAGGGGAUGCCCGCACAACAAAGAGCCAAGUGCUCGAGACAGGGGCAGCUCUAGUCCAAGACUUCACUCCUGUCAAGCAAAUUUGCGCCCAUCUAAACGCAUUCCAUGUCUACGCCAACGACCCAACACGAUGCGUGGAAGCCAAUCAUUAUUGUACACAUUUGACCGAAGAUGUCCGCCAAUGCUUAAUCUACGAUUCGCCGGAUGCCAAAGCUCGCUUGAUCGGCGUCGAGUACAUGGUCUCACCACGCAUCUUCAAAACCCUUCCACCCGAAGAGCGCAAGUUAUGGCACACUCAUGAAUUUGAAGUUAAGAGCGGCAUGCUCAUCAUGCCAGCACCGGCAUCUAUGCCCGCUGCGGCAUGGGAUGCGGCGGAGACUGCGGAAAUGGAGGAUAUUGCGCCGAUCUAUGGAAAGACGUAUCAUUUCUGGCAGGUUGACCGUGGAGACGUGGUGCCUAUGGGACCACCGCAGUUGAUGGGGAGUUUCACCACGGAAGACAACGUUCGACAAGCAUGUCCAGGAGGACUGGAUGAGUUGCUUGGGGAGCGGGAUAGGAAGUAUGGGGUGGAUUAUAAGGCGAAGGCGAAGAAGCGGGAGGGUAUUGCGGAUGUUGAGAAGCAUCAAGAUGCAGACACAAUGUGGAAAUAG